GUUAGGAAGAGUUGCUGCCGCCGCUGCCGCUCCUUCUGAUGCUGUGAGGCCUCGCUCGCGCCCAUCAGGAACUGAGGCACAGCCCAGAGGUUUCCAAACUCCAGUGUGUGAAACGUUUGCUGUGGGCCUGAAGAGAGCUGUCUGAUGACAUGGUGCUGAGUCUUCUUAUUUCCAGCUGAGCUCUGGAAUGGCCAGCCAGGAAACAGAAGUUCAGAGACUGAUACUAGAUGAUGAUUCAAUGAUAGAAGGAAUAAGUGACCAGGUACUGCUGGCAGUCGUGCUCAGCUUCACAUUCCUUGCUGCACUGGCAUAUAUGCUUUUAAGAAAUGGCCACAUAGAUAUUCAUCCUGAAAACCAAGAGCUAGUGAGAGCAAUUAGACAACAAAUACAAUCAGAACAGGAGAAUGCAGUUGAUGACAGACAACAUUUCUAUACUGAUAUGUCCUGCCCAGUGUGUUUACAGCAAGCUACAUUUCCCAUUGAAACAAACUGUGGACAUCUUUUCUGUGGUUCCUGCAUUAUUGCAUAUUGGAGGUGUGGUUCAUGGCUGGGUGCAAUCCAUUGCCCUAUCUGCAGACAGACGGUAACUUUAUUUUUGCCACUCUUCAAUGAGGGGCAAGAGGAUGCAGUGCAGGUACUCCAAGAUGUCAAUGAUUACAACAGGAGAUUCUCAGGACAGCCAAGAUCGAUUAUGGAACGGAUUAUGGAUUUGCCCACAUUACUGCGCCAUGCGUUCAGAGAAAUGUUUUCCGUUGGAGGUCUCUUCUGGAUGUUCCGCAUCAGAAUAUUCCUCUGCCUGCUCGGAGCUUUGUUGUAUCUGGCAUCACCUCUGGAUUUUCUACCUGAAGCCCUCUUUGGAAUUCUGGGAUUUUUAGAUGAUUUCUUUGUGGUCUUUCUGCUACUCAUAUAUAUAUCUAUCAUGUACCGAGAGGUUGUAACACAAAGACUGAAUAGAUGAAAGCAAGUGUCAGUGACCAAUCUUCAGAAGCGUUAAGGGGGAUGCUUAACUAAAUGAGCCACUAUGAAGAAAAGCAUCUUGACACACUUUCAGUUUCUACUAUUAAAUAGCUUCUAGCCAAACAUCUUAUGCAAGCAUGAGGGAUUGAAAUCAUGGCAAUUAGUGAACUGGAAUUUCAGUGUGUGUUAUAUAAAAGAGAUUUAAUUCAAGAUAUAAUACAUGCUUAGUUAUGUUUACAACAGAUAAGUAAUUGUAUGUCAUUGUAUGUCAUGAUACACAUUUACCAGUUAUAAAAGGGAAUUUCUUUGGGAAUGCUUAACAACAAGAAGUAUUUGAAUUCGCUGGAUACGUACUUAAGGCACUGUUCAAUGUAAAAUUUCAUAUUUGGUGUAUAAUUUCAAAGACUGUUUAAUAUCUCACUGUGGGUGGGGGUGGGUAAAAUAGAUUAGCAUCUCUGCCUGUUCAAGUUUGCCCAAGCAAUACGGUUCUCAAAAUAGGCUUGGACUGCAACAUAAUAUUGCAUAAAGACAGUAAGUACAGUAUUGUUUCAGCUGCAGCUAUGUGCAAUUACAUGUGUGUUUUUCGCAUGGAACUUUUGUGCCAUGGAAUGUGUAUCAUCCAUUAGGGAGAGAAUUCUUGAACACUGCACACUCUGAUAGUGUGUGUUAACAUUUUGUAUUGCCAGCUUUCAAUUUUUUGGGAUAAAACAGAUAAUAGCCCAGCUCAAGAUAACUAGGGGCUAGCAUGGAGUAAUAUUAGGCAAAGAUUUGAACUUAAACGAUAUGAAAUACUAUGUGAAAUACUAAAUAUCAACUAUAGCAGAAACCUAAAAGUGAAUUUUAUAGUGAAUAUACUUGAAAGAACAUCGGAUAACGGGGACCACAAAUAUCUGGUGUAUAAUCUUCCUUCAGAAAAACCUAUGCAUGCUUAUUUAGGAGUAAGCCUCACUGAACUCAGUGAGACUUGCUUCUGAGUAAGCAUGCAUAGAACCAUGCUGCAUGUCUCCUAAGUUUAUACCACAUGGUUGUCUUGAAAUACUAUGAAACACCAUGUUUAAGCCAUUUAGCCUGUUCAGAUUUAAAUGGUUCUUGAGGGAGGAGGGAACAGCUGAACAGGAGUGAAAGCACUACGUAUGCCUUUGCAUUUCGGAUGCAAUUGGGCGGGCACUGACGUGUGAAUGGCUAACUUCCCCACCCAUGACAUACAAAGAAUAUUGGCACUGCUACAUUGAGUAGCCCAUUAGAGAAAUAGGAAUAUUUAGAUAUAAAAGGGUGCUAUAUAAAAGGCUUAUGAAACAGACGGAUGUGGGGACCUGAUGUCAGUGCUCAUGCAAUGCACCUCAUCCCUUAACCAUCUAUGAAGUCACUGUUUGGGUCUUGAUGUUUAGCCAACUCCUGUCUCAAAUAUUAACAGGGCAGAGAAUGAGAGCAUGGGGGCUUCUUAAGAGAUAGCUUUGAGGUACUGUCAUAAAGACCGUGGGAUCUCAUGUUCCCUUUCCCUCUCUGGUAUGAAUUCGCUAUAGCAGUUUUAACCAUAAUGACGGAUUAAGCUAGCACUAAUCUUAACUGUGGUUAAUAUUAAUCAUGUUUUUAUCCUAACCACCUUCAAGCCAUGGUUUUGAACACUGUCUUGAUUGCAAAAACUGAUUAGUAUUAACCAUGGUUCAAGUCUAUGCCAGUGCAACCCUUAACCAUGGUUAAUUGUGGGACAAAUUCAUGCCAGGGGGAAGGGAGUGUACACUGCUGCAAUCUGCCAGUCGCAUAACUAUGGUUAAUGGAGGGGAGAGUAUUAUAUGCACUGGUCCUUUAAUGCUUUCUUUCUUUCUUAAAUUAAUAAAAGCAGCAAGCCCUGCAAUUGGAUGAAAUCAUUGUCAAAGAAAACUCAUGCCCCAUUUACUAACAAUACUUUUUUCUAUUCAACUCUAUUUGGAAAAUGUAAUCCUCUUCUUUAUAUACUCCAGACAAGGACCUAUUUGAGAUCCUUUUGUCAUCCAUGCAUCCAGUUCUACGCAGGGAUUCUGAGUGCCAAUGUAGACAUAUGAAGAUGUUUGAAUGUGCAUGUCAAGUGCAUUUGAAUAAUAUUUUUUGUAAAGUGGGUGUGUGCCUGUCUGUUCUUUGUUUAAGGUCUUGUGUAUGUACAAGGCCAAGGUUCUCUUAAUGCACAACUGAUUUCAUUGUCAGAAAUGUUAACUAUUUCUAUAAACUUAAUUUUAAAUCUUCAAAA